GAAAGUAACUAGUCAUGUAUUUGUUCAGUUGGCAAUUCUUAAUUCUACUAUUAAACAGUGAUGGUUUGUGUAUAUUUUUCAUCAAUCGGCAUUCUUUUUUUCUUGUCAGUUUAAUUAUGUGCGUCUUCGAAUAGUUUUUCUGUUUAUUGUGAAGCUGAUUGUUCAGUUAUUACAGAAUAAUAUAUUAAUUAUUAUUGCAUAAGAUUAUAUUUUCAUAAUGGCGACUACCAAAAACAUAACCUGUAAUGAUAACAUUAUGUUUCUUAAUACGUACAAAAGUUUUAUAAUAUAGAAUUGAUCGUAUAAAUGAAACAAAUAAAUUCCUUUCUGUAUACUUUAGUAACAGUUUGUCAGAAGUAACUGAACAUCAUUGAUUGGAAGUGUUAAAUACAUUUGUUUCAAACAUGAAGAGCAAUUCAGAUGAAAGUGAUUAUGAUGAAAAUUGCAGUAAUCAGGAUAAUGAUCAUAGUAUUGGAGACGAUGCAUAUUGUAUUGCACACCAAUCUUAUAAUGAAAGACAUACUAGAAAGAGAAGCAAUACUACUUUGACAGAUGAUACUUCAGAUUUAAAUGAUAGUGAUUGUAAUGAUGAUUAUUCUGAUAAAAAUUUUGAUGAAAAAGAUGAUAUAAAAUUUAGUCCUCAUAAAAUGUAUCAAGAUUUAUCUUGUGAACAAGACUCUGGUGAAGAGUGUCAGAGUAUACAAAACACAUGUUUAGAUGAAUCAUUAAACUGUGAUGAUGAUACAAAGGAAAGUAAAAUGUGGAAAAGGACAUACGAUGAUUCUUAUCAUCAUUACAGUAAACGACAAAAAAAGGUUCAUAAAACAGAAGUCAAAAGCGAUGAAGAUACAAACGAAGAAGAAAGGGAUUAUGAGAAAGAAGAAUCCAAAAAUUAUUUUCAAGGAAAAAAUAAAGCUGAACAUAUGAUGCGUAUGAUGGGAUAUAAAGAAGGUCAUGGUCUUGGUAAACAUAAACAGGGUCGUUUAGAACCAGUACAAGCUCCUAAACAACAUGGUCGUAGAGGACUUGGACAUCAUGUACCAGGACUUGAAGCUUCGAGUCUAAAAUGGGAUCCGAAAGAAGAAAUAAUAAAAGCUAAAGAAGAUAUAUUAUGGAUAAGAAAUCCAAAUGAUUGUUUACCAACGUUAGAAGAAAUGGAGCUUUGGUUACUGAAAGGACCAAAGAAGACCGUUAUAGAAGACGAAACUCAGUUCUGUGAUGAAACUAUAGUUACAAAUGUUAUUAAUGCUAAAUCAAUAUUUGAUCAUUUGGAUGAUGUAGAAAUACGUCGUGCAAGAACACGCUGUAAUCCUUAUGAAACAAUUCGUGGUGCAUUUUUUUUAAAUCGUGCUGCUGUUAAAAUGGCAAAUAUAGACAGAGCAUGUGACUUUAUGUUCACCAAACCUGAAGGUUUGCAGGACAAUGAGUUGUUGUAUUUUGCAGAUGUAUGUGCUGGUCCAGGUGGUUUCAGUGAAUAUGUUUUAUGGAGAAGAAAAUGGCAUGCAAAAGGUUUUGGUCUUACUUUGAAAAAUGAGAAUGAUUUUAAAUUAGCUGAUUUUUAUGCAGGACCUUGCGAAACAUUUCAUCCCUAUUAUGGACCAAAAGAUAAUGGUGAUGUUUAUGAUCCUUGUAACCAAGAUGCUUUCAGAGAUCUCAUAAUGACACAUACACAUGGCAAAGGAGUACAUUUCAUGAUGUCGGAUGGAGGAUUUUCAGUAGAAGGUCAAGAAAAUAUACAAGAGAUUCUCUCGAAACAGUUGUAUCUCUGUCAAUGUUUAAUUGCCUUAAUGAUUAUACGAGUAAAAGGUCAUUUUGUUACAAAGUUAUUUGACCUUUUUACGCCCUUUAGCGCAGGUUUAGUUUACUUAAUGUAUCGUUGUUUCGAAGAAAUUUGUAUUUUCAAGCCGAAUUCUUCUAGGCCAGCAAAUUCAGAACGUUAUUUAAUAUGUAAAACUAAACGGCCUGGUACAGAAAACGUUAUAAAAUAUCUUCAACACGUUAAUAACUUACUUUUGAGGGGUGAUGAUAAUAACGAUGUGUUACAGUUAGUAUCGUUAGAUGAAUUAGAAAAAGAAAAACAAUUUGUGCAAUAUUUACGCGAAUCUAAUUAUGACUUAGGAAGGAAACAAAUAAUAGGUUUACGCAAAAUCGCAGCAUUUUGUGAAGAUACUACUCUUGUUGAAACAAAACAAGCUGAUAUGCGCAAAGAGUGUCUUAAAUAUUGGGAGAUUCCUGAUGAAAGUAGAACAAUUCCAAGACACAUGAAACCUGAAGAAAAAUUAAAACAUCUUCUUGAAAAUAAUACUAAAUUUAUAUGGACUUCAGCAAAGAAAUUGAAAGAAGAUAAUAUUAAAACUACAAUAUUGAGUGAACCAUAUGAUUGGUUCUGUAUGCCCUGUGGUACUGGAAAUGCAAAUGAAGCAAAGAAAAAUGCCACAUUCUACAUGGGCAUGGGAAGGAGUAAUGUAUAUCGUUUAGUAGAUGGUAGUUGGAUAAGGGUUGAAGAUAUCAACGUAGAAUUACCACCAGAUACACUUGUAUAUGCCGAAAUAGUAUAUGAAAUGACAAAGGAUUUUAGGCAACUGCAGAAAGUACUGGCAUUACAUAUUAUAGACGCUUUUAUUUUGGGAGCAGAGAACAUUAGUCGAAAAUACUUGAGAGACAGGCAUAACCUUACAAAGAAAUUUUGUGAAGCUUUGUGGAAACCAGUCGGCAAUACAUAUGCUCGUGUGCGUGUCAAAGAAUUACUCCCAGUAGAUCCAAACAUAAGCGAAAUAUUGCGAGUAAAGAACCGUAUAUCAAAGAAUGGUCGACCAAUUAAAGUAUAUGAAUUUCCGACCUCAGCUUUAGGUUGCAACGAUUCUAAUAAUGAUAAACCAUACUUCGCACUAAAUAGUGUAAUUUUUUUAAAAAGUAUUGCUCCCCCUUGGGCUCGACAUUUUAGUAAAACACAUUCUUUGACAUAUGUUUUCAAUGUUAAAACUGGAGAAACUAUAUUUGACAAACAUAGACCAGUUUCAGCAGAAGCAAGUUUCAUUCAAACGUUUGAAAAUCGCGUUAUUUGGUAUUGGCCUAUCGAGGAAGAGCUUUCCAUGGAGGAAGUCGCACAAUAUAUUAAGGACAAAUGUCCUACACAUACCGCGGCUUUAGAAUAUUAAAGUAGAAGGUUAAACAUUAAGUAAGAACAAUUAAAUAUUUAUUUGUGGCAACAGCUCCCAUGAUGGGGCAAGUUUCAGUACCUAAAUCCACAAUCCAUUGUUUUCCAACUUGAAUAUUAGUUUCAGGCUUUUUAUAAAUAAAUAUGUAUCUUGUAUGUUCCAAUAUAGCGACAUAAGAACCAUCUAGAAAGUAUAACAGAUUAAAAUGUAUCUAAAUUUAUAUUUGUACAGUAAUUAAAU